UCCACAGUUGAGCUAGAGCGACAAUGGGAUCAGCGACAACAACUUGGAUUCUGUCCGUGGCAACGCUACUGCUGAUGCUGCACUGCAGCGAUGUAGCCGCCGAGGAGCCCAUUUAUCGGCUGUGUGUGCCGCAAAUCUAUUUCAGCGAUUGCCAGAAACUUCUGGCCGAUCCAUCGGAGGCGGGCAUACGCAUGGAGUGCGUGUCGGGACGGGAUCGUGUCGACUGCCUAGAGAUGAUCGAACAGCGGAAGGCAGAUGUGCUUGCCAGCGAGCCAGAGGACAUGUACAUGGCGUAUCAUCGCAAGAACGAGGAUUAUCGUGUCAUUUCCGAGAUACGCACCCAGGACGACAAGAAUGCCGACUUCCGCUAUGAGGGCAUUAUUUUGGUGAAGAAAUCUUCACCGAUUCACACGUUGCAAGAGCUGCGCGGUGCCAAGUCGUGUCACACGGGCUUUGGCCGGAAUGUCGGCUACCGGAUUCCGAUCACAAAGUUGAAAAACACUCACGUUUUAAAAGUUUCCGCCGAUCCACAGAUCUCGGCCACAGAGCGAGAGCUGAAGGCGCUGUCCGAAUUCUUUACGCAAUCGUGUCUGGUGGGCAACUAUUCGGCGCAUCCGGAUACGGAUCGCCUGCUGAAGAAGAAGUACGCGAAUUUGUGCGCACUGUGCGAGAAGCCAGCGCAGUGCAACUAUCCGGACAUAUACAGUGGCUAUGAUGGUGCCAUACGCUGCCUGGACAAGGGAAGCGGCGAGGUCGCCUUUUCUAAGGUACAAUACAUAAAGAAAUAUUUCGGUCUGACCGGCAGCGCAGAUGCGCCCGCCGCUGAAGGUAAGGCCGAGGACUUUGAGUAUCUGUGCGAGGAUGGUACCCGUCGCCCAAUCACCGGACCGGCCUGCUCCUGGGCUCAGCGCCCCUGGAGCGGCUACAUUUCCAAUGAGCUGGCCGUGCAUGGCCCGGAGAAGCUGCAUCAGUUGCAGGCGCGCCUGGAGCGUUUCUUUGACAAUGGACUGCAUGCCGAAAAUAAGCAGGCCGCCGCCCAUCUGCUCAUCCAGCCGAACGCCGCCUAUCACAGCAAGCCGGAGGCCAUCGAUCCCAAGGUGUAUCUGGAGCGUGCCGGCUACAAGGAUGUGAUUGAGCGCGAUGGCAGUGCCAUACGCAAGCUGCGCCUCUGCGUCCAGCGGGAUACGGAGUUCUCCAAGUGUCAGGCACUCCAUCAAGCCGCCUACGCCCGUGAUGCGCGCCCUGAGAUCGAAUGCGUCCAAUCCACCGACUGCAUUCAGGCCCUGGCUAACAGCAAGGCCGAUAUGCUAAUCGCUCCGGCGGCAAGCUAUGCAGAAGCUCGGACUCAGAAGCUGCUGCCGUUGGUCUUCGAGCAGCUGAAGACCGAAGAAAUGCUGGUGGCCGUUGCCCCACCCACCCUCAAUCGCGACGCACUGCAAAAGGCGCCACUUCACUAUGAUGGGAACUGUGAACGUGCUCGGUUGAGCGCCGCCUUGUUGAACAAGCGUCGCGGCCUGGAAUGGUGCAACGUUUCACCGAGCACGGAGCAGGAGGUGCUGAUUGUGCCUGUCAAGCAGUUGGAGCAGCACAAGGACUGGCAGCUCGUCUGCCCCACUCUGGAGCGUCGUCCCGUCACCGACUAUACCGACUGCAAUGUUGAGGUGCAGCUGCCACGCGCGAUCUUUGCGCGCGCAGACACUACGCCCGUAGAGCAGGAGACUAUCAAGCAUCUGUCCGCUCUGAUCUCCGACAGAUUUGGCGCCCACGGCAAAUUCGUCGAUGUCUUUGCGCUCUUUGGCGAGUACCAAAAGGGAGAGCAGAAUGUGCUCUUUGAUGACAAUGCGAGCGUGCUGGUCACUGAGGUGAUGAACCAUUUACAGAACGAGCACAUCUAUAACGACCUUCAGUGCGAUGGCAACAAGAUUGCCAAGCUUUAAUCAAUAUAACCAAGGCUUCACACAUUUGUGUAUCUGCAGCCCAUUUUUAACUCUAAAUAUGCAACUACAUUUUUUUUAUUUUUCUUUCUUUUGAAUAAAUAUGAGAACAAAAAUA